AUGGGUGAAAGGAUUGCCCUUCGAAAUUUCUUUUUUAUGUGGAAAGUGUGGAAAAAUAAAUUGCCUUUAGAUGAAUUUUUCAGAAGAUUGGGGUAUCAGAUGGCAUCUAAGUGCUGGUGUUGUGGAGAACCAAAAGAGGAGACAACACAGCACUUAUUCUUCACCUCAUAUGCAGCAAACAAGGUGUGGAAAUACUUUGUGGAACAUGCAGGAUUGGCAACAGAGGGAAUCACACUGCAUCAAGCCAUUAUUAGAUGCUGGACUGCAGAUGUAGUAGCAAGAUUAAAGCUAAUAAUGCAGGUCCUACCAUCUAUAAUCAUAUGGGAAUUAUGGAAGAGAAGAAAUAGCUAUAAGUAUGGAGAUGCAGUUACUAUAAAUAGAGUGACCUACCAGAUAUCAACUACUCUACAAUCACUCAUCAAGGUAAGAAAGCCAGGAGUUCAGCAGGUACCUCACAGAUGGCCAGACAUGUUGAAGAUGAUGGAGCAAUACACACCAACUCUUAAAUAUACAAAAGUACUGUGGGAAUUCCCAAACCAUGGAUGGGUGAAAGUUAAUACAGAUGGAACCUCUAGAGGUAACCCAGGAAGGAGCUCUAUUGGUUUUGUAUUAAGAAAUGAGGAGGGGGAUGUUCUGUAUGCAUAUGGCAAGGAAAUUCAGGAAGGUUCAAACUCAGUAGCUGAAGCCAAGGCCAUUUAUGAAUCUCUGAAGUUUUGUGUGCAACAUGAUUAUAUCCUUAUAGAUUUACACACAGAUUCAAUGGUGCUAAAGAAGGCAAUAACUGGAGAAUGGAAGCCACCUUGGGUUAUAGGUCCAUUGGUAGAGGAGAUUAGAGAUUUAAUGAGUACAGCUAAUGUAAAGGUGUCACAUACUCUCAGGGUAGGCAAUAAGUUAGCUGACCACAUUGCUAAUUAUGCACUAGACUUUGGACCUAUGGAAUGCUAUGGGUUUCAGGACCUAGAUGUUCAGGGGAGGAAAUUGGUGAACUCAGACAAAAUACAAUGCCCUUAUAUAAGAGUUUCAGUUGCAAGGGGAUAA